UGAAGUGGUGAAAAAGAGUCGAAUCGGAAGCACACAGUCUAGUUAUGAUACAUCAAGAGAAAAGAUGAAACCUCAAGUGAAUGAACAAUGAAGCGAGCAGACGCCGCAUAUCAAUCCCAAAUCACACCAGCUACCGAGCAUCAGACCCACCCCUGGAAACGGUCGAACCCCUCCUCGUGGCCCUUACACUCCUGGAUCCUCGCCUGGUAGCUCGAUGAUGGUGCCGAACAGACUCUAUCCGGGCCAGGCUCCGGGUGAUGGCCCGUCGCAGCUCAUCGACGUUCGAGAUCAGGGGCUCAUCGCCCGAGGAGAUUUGAGCCGUGGGGGUAUGGCUGACGCGCAUCAGCGCAUCGUACGUCGUCUCCAGCUCGGCCGAGAGCCGGUCUAGCGAGCUCAUGAGAACCUCGCCCCGCCUGUGGCGGCGGCGCCGCUGCCUAUCCUCGAGCGAGGACUGGGACGGGGACUGCUGUAAGUGAGGCUGUGGCUGCGGCUGCGGCUGCGGCUGCUGUUCGGCUGCCCUUGCUGAUGUCGCCGUGGCCGUACCCUUUGCGGCCUCCUCGGAUGGCGAGUCCUUCUGGCGCCGGAAGAAGUUGUGACGGACGACGUAGUCGACGACUUCCUCGAGCAACUGGCCAACCAACAUGCUCAUUGCCGCCUGGCCCAGCCCAGAGCCCCCGUCGCUGUGCUGGCUUCCGCUCCCGCGACCUCCUUGCUGCCCGCCAUGCCCGUUCCUGCUGCUGCUUCUCCCGCCAUGCGGCUCCCGCUGCUGUGGAUACCUGCCUGCUGCGUUCCGCAGUGCAUGCUGUCCGAGCCGCCGGGUGACAUCGCUCCGCUCGCGAGAAGGUCUCAGGACAGGCCUCGCCUGCCGGGGCCUCGAGCGACGGGAUGAGAUGUUUGGAUAUUGAGGUGCCAUUGUCUGACUGGACCUCCUGGGAGUUUUGCCGUAAUUUGAUAUAUACCAGUCGAUACGAAUGUUGGGCGUGUAGUAUUAGCAGGUGAGACGUGUCUGAGUCUAAGUGUAUGCUCUAAAGAAAGGACGAUGCUAAUUCGAUGUAGGAGGAAGCAAAAAUGUCGAGGAGUUCUGGUCUUCUUUUCUUCUUAACCUCUGUUUUGAUAAGCCGGGUUGGAGAUGUGACUGCUGAGCCUGGUCAUCUGCCCAGGCUGCGCCCCUUGUGACCUGGCAUGGCUGGCUGCCUUGAGCCAUGUGAGAGGACUCCAAAUGCCUGAGUCACCCUCAACACCACGCCAGCUGCCUCGAUGCUGUCCAAAGAAUGAGCAUCAGGAGGCUUAAAAUGAACACGUCUUAAAAAAUGCGUUAGAUAUUCGUCGUUGCCCACAUCUUGUAAGGCGUCUGCUGACAACAUGCUACAUCUCUGGAUGAGUGUUGUCAGACGGCGCUGGAUGAGUGGUGCCGGCAACAUCCGAACAACCUUGGAACUCUUCAUGGGCGUCAGGGUCCAACCCUGGAUGUCAAUCCAAAACAUGCCAAAAAAACUAAAAUCCAUCUGUCAUAGUCAUGCCAGGCUUUGGCCUCGCGAGACCGCGUCGACCCUGUCGUUUAUUCCCACACGGUAUGGACCGGCGCCCCUUCGGUCGAACCGUUGUGGCAAUAUGGCGAGACGCUAUCAAGCGUCUAGGGCCUUUCGGGACCCUCGUAAAUGUGGACCAGCAGAUAAGAAUAGGCCGUAGAAGGGCCAUGGAAAGAACCCUGGGCAGCCUGGGAAACUCCUUACGUACGGGGGAUAAUGCAACAGGUACGUAAAGGGUCCGCUCCACAACGCCCACACGAGCGGAAAAAAUUCACAACGCACAUAGGGUCCAAGCACGAGUGUCGCGUGUCCAGCUUCCGGAUUCUUCUCCUUCUCUCUUCCUUCUCUCUCUCUCUCCCUCUCCCUCCCAAGAUGGGGGAGACGAGAACACCUGCCUGAGUGAGCAGCCUGAUCAGUGAUCUCCAACCACCGACGACAACAACACCGGACCACGGCCGCCAGUCAACAAGAUGGCUCCAGCUUACGACGAGGAGAAGAAGCUCGACCGGGUCGGGUCGCAGCCCGCCGACUCGGCGUCCGAGUCCGUGGGCAGCGGCAACUCGGGCAUGUUGGACAAGCUCAUGUCGCUGGAGGCGACGAUGGACUCCAAGCUGGGCAUCGAGUCGCAGGCGAUCCAGCGGAUGCGGCCCGAGGACAAGCGGCCGCAGUCGUGGCACGAGCAGGCCACGAUGGCGCUGCUGUGGGCGGGCGCGACCAUGAACGUCUCGUGCCUGUCGACGGGGUUCCUGGGCUGGGAGUUUGGGCUGGACCUCGGCCAGAGCAUCCCCAUCACCAUCUUCGGCACGCUGCUGGGCGCCUCGGUGGCCGGGUGGUGCGCCACGCUCGGCCCCGGGACGGGCCUGCGGCAGAUGUCCAUCGCCCGGUACAGCUUCGGCUGGUACCCGUCCAAGAUCCUGGCCGCCCUCAAUGUCAUCUCGCAGAUCGGGUGGAGCGCCGUCGGCUCCAUCACCGCCGGCUCCGCGCUCUCGGCCGUGUCGGACGGCAGGCUGAGCUCCAUCGUCGGCAUCGUCAUCAUCGCCGUCUGCAGCUCGGCCCUCAACUUCUGCGGCCUGCGCGCCAUCCUCGAGUACCAGAAGUACGCGUGGGCCGUCUUUUUCGUGCUCUUCAUGAUCAUGUACGGCGAGAUGGCCCCCCGUGCCGAUGUUGCGACCAAGAGCACCCUGGCCGGCGACGACAAGGCCGGCGCCGUGCUGUCGCUGCUGGCCAUCGUCUACGGCUCGUCCGUGUCGUGGGCCACCAUUGCUGCAGACUACUACGUCCAGCAUCCUAUCAACACCUCCAAGUUCAAGGUCUUUACGCUCACCACCAUGGGUAUCGGCAUCUCCACCUGCAUUGGCAUGGUCCUUGGCUGCGUGGGCUCCACCAUGGGCGUCGACCAGGAGCUCGCCGAUGUGUACGAGCAGCAGGGGGUCGGCUUCCUCCUCCAGACCAUGCUGUUCCCGCGCGGCUUCGCCAAGUUCAUCCUCGUCGUGCUGGUCCUCGCCGGCAUCGGCAUGAACUGCAUCAACCUCUACUCGUCGGCCCUGUCGGUGCAGCAGUUCGCACGGCCCCUCGCCCGCAUCCCCCGUUUCGUCUGGACCGUCGUGCUCUUCGGCAUCACCCUGGGCAUCGCCGCCGGCGGCAGGGAGAACCUCAACGCGUACCUGCAGAACUUCCUCGCCCUGCUGGGCUACUGGGCCACCUCGUUCUUCGUCAUCCUCUGGUGCGAGCACUACGUGUUCCGCAAGGGCAGCUGCGACAACUACGACCUCGAGGCCUGGAAUGACCCCGCGAGGCUGCCCCUGGGCCUCGCUGCGCUGGUUGCGUUCCUGGUCGGCGUCGUCGGCUGGGUCCUCGGUAUGGUGCAGACCUGGUUCACGGGCCCCAUAGGCAAGCUGCUGGGGAGCGCUGGCGGGGAUGUCGCAAACGAGCUGACCUUGGUCUUUACCCUGGUCUUGUUCGUUCCCUUGCGGUGGCUGGAGCUGAAGUACAUCGGUCGGUAAGCAUUUGCGGGGCAACAAGGUGCAUUGCACUGGAUCGGGAGGUCACUCGCCUGAGGGCAGCAUUCUGCCUACAUGGAUAGCUUGGUUUGAACACAAGUUCAGACUAGAUCCAAUCACUCAACUCGACAGACGGGAAUGAUCCACUCGGCAAAUUGAGUUGAAUAAUGUGGUUGGCAAUGACGUGACUUCUGUGAGGUGCGUCCACAGGCUGUAAAGGCUGACCUUCGAAGCUACCGUAUGUCAGGUAAGUCUGAAAGCGGAGUAGACUUUGCC